GCCACAUCUGCAACUGACUGCUUUUUAGGCUCCCCAGUCUCAGCUUUCCAUCUGUGCUCCACUGCAUGCAUGGCAGGCUAAAGUAAGGGAUAGCCGAGAGGCAGGAUAUCUGCCCCCACAUUUGCACAUGGACAGGCGUCAAGUAUGGACAUAAGGACACAACAGUGAUGAAGAUUUUCUGUCAUCGUGGAGACUUUCAGAAGAUGGGCUUCCUUCUCAUGAUCCUGGUCUGCUUGUUUGCUGAUGUUUGGUCACAGGUAAAUCCAGGUGUGUGUCGCUAUCCACUCGGGAUGAGCGGCGGUCAGAUUGAAGACAAAGACAUCUCAGCCUCAAGCCAGUGGUCCGAGUCCACGGCAGCCAGAUACGGCAGGCUAGACUUUGAGGAUGGGGAUGGUGCCUGGUGCCCGGAUAUGUCAGUGGAGCCUGAGAGCACCAAGGAGUUCCUACAGAUCGACCUGCGCUCUCUGCACUUCAUCACGCUGGUGGGCACGCAGGGCCGCCACGCCGGUGGAUUCGGAAAGGAGUUUGCCCAGAUGUACCAGAUCAAGUACAGUCGCAAUGGCAGGCGCUGGGUCUCCUGGCGUAACCGGCACGGCCGCCAGGUUAUCGAGGGCAAUAAGAACGCCUAUGACACUGUGCUGAAGGACCUGGAGCCACCCAUCAUUGCCCGCUUCGUGCGCUUCAUGCCCAUCACCGACCACUCCAUGAACGUGUGCAUGAGGGUGGAGCUUUAUGGCUGCGAAUGGCUUGAUGGCCUGGUGUCCUACAGCGCCCCCAUAGGGCAGCUCAUGGUCCACCGUGGCCAACACAUCUACCUGAACGACUCCGUGUAUGAUGGAGAGGUGGGAUACAGCUCCGGUAUGACAGAAGGCCUGGGCCAACUGACAGAUGGAGUGUGCGGCCUGGAUGACUUCACCCACAGCCACGUCUACAAUGUGUGGCCUGGCUACGACUAUGUGGGCUGGACCAACGAAAGCUUCCCAGGCAACUAUGUAGAGAUCCUGUUUGAGUUUGACCGCAUUCGGAACUUUACUACAAUGAAGGUGCACUGCAACAACAUGUUCCCGAAAAAGGUGAAGACGUUCCGGCAAGCCACGUGCUUCUUCCGUUCAUCAUCUGACUGGGAGCCCACACCCGUCACCUUCAGCCCCGUGAUGGAUGACGUGAACCCCAGCGCACGCUUCGUCACCGUCGCCCUCAACAACCGCAUGGCCAGCUCCAUCAAGUGCCAGUAUUUCUUCGCCGAUGCCUGGAUGAUGUUCAGCGAAAUCACCUUCCAGUCCGAUACAGCAGUGUACAACACAACUUUAGCUUCCCGAAAAUCUGGUGCGCCCCCAAGCACGCAGCCAGGAGAUGACCCCACUCACAAAGUGGAUGACAGCAAUACAAGGAUCCUGAUUGGCUGCUUGGUUGCCAUCAUAUUCAUCCUGGUGGCAAUUAUUGUGAUCAUACUGUGGCGACAAGUCUGGCAGAAGAUGCUAGAAAAGGCAUCCCGUCGGAUGCUGGACGAUGAACUGACGGCCAGCCUGUCGAUACAAAGUGAGACCUUCACAUACAACAACAAUAACCAGUCCUCAGCAGGCAGUGAGCAGGAGUCCAACUCCACUUAUGAGAGGAUCUUCCCCCUGGGACCCGACUACCAGGAGCCCUCGCGUCUCAUCCGCAAGCUGCCUGAGUUCUCGCUCUCCAUGGAAGAGGCUGGGACCAGCGGGGUGUCAAAGCCUGUCCAAGCCGGUCCCCAAGAAGGCGUGCCACACUACGCCGAAGCUGAUAUAGUGAAUCUCCAGGGUGUGACAGGCAGUAACACAUACUCUGUUCCCGCCAUAACCAUGGACCUGCUAUCAGGGAAAGACCUGGCUGUGGAGGAGUUCCCCCGCAAGCAGCUCACCUUCAAGGAAAAGCUGGGAGAGGGACAGUUUGGAGAGGUACAUCUGUGUGAGGCAGAGGGCAUGCAGGAGUUCAUGGACAAAGACUUCUCUUUCGAUGUCAGCAACAAUCAGCCCGUCCUCGUGGCAGUGAAGAUGUUGCGCGAAGAUGCCAACAAGAAUGCAAGGACCGAUUUCCUGAAAGAGAUCAAGAUCAUGUCACGGCUGAAAGACCCCAACAUCGUACGCCUGCUGGGCGUGUGUGUCUGCAGUGAUCCCCUCUGUAUGAUCACUGAGUACAUGGAGAACGGGGAUCUUAACCAGUUCCUGUCCCGCCAUGAGCCCGAAGGUCAGAUUGCGCUGGCUUGUAAUGCCCCCACUGUCAGCUACAGCAACCUGCAUCACAUGGCCACCCAGAUUGCCUCAGGCAUGAAAUACCUGUCCUCCCUCAACUUUGUGCAUCGCGACCUGGCUACGCGCAACUGUCUGGUGGGCAAAGACUACACCAUCAAGAUCGCUGACUUCGGCAUGAGCCGCAACCUGUACAGCGGCGACUACUACCGCAUCCAGGGCCGCGCUGUGCUGCCCAUCCGCUGGAUGGCCUGGGAGAGCAUCCUACUGGGUAAAUUCACCACUGCUAGCGAUGUGUGGGCCUUCGGCGUGACCCUGUGGGAGACAUUCACGUUGUGCAAGGAGCAGCCGUACUCACAGCUUUCCGAUGAGCAGGUCAUUGAAAACACCGGCGAAUUCUUCAGGGACCAGCAGCGCCAGAUCUACCUGCCCCAGCCAGCCUGCUGCCCUGACCCCAUCUACAAGCUCAUGUUGAGCUGCUGGCAGAGGAACACAAAUGAACGGCCGUCUUUCCAAGAGAUCCACCAAACACUUCUGGGGUGUCUAGUAUAGGGCCAGGCGGGGCCUCGUCCUCAUCUCCACCUUCACCGCCUGUUUCCGCUUGGCUCCAAGCUGCCAGCGGCUAACUCAACAGUUUGCUCCAUUUCCUUUGAAGGGUGAGAUGGUCUUGAUUCUGUAUGUACAAGAGUGUGAUGACUGUGUAAAUAAUGUUUGUCAGGAAUUCCUGACAGUCUUUCUGUACAGUACAUGCUAAAGUAGUUUUCUAUAGGACAUAUAGUGAUGUUACAGAAGAAAAACUAGCAAAAUGUAGCAAUCUUCUCGUAUCGUUGUUGUAAUGAAAAAAAUUAUAAUGAACUAGUUGUAAAACAUAUUUAUAUGUCAACAUACACUUCGCAGAGAAAUUCAUUUGGUGUUUUAACCAUGCAGGAAACAUCCAACCAUCUCAGAGCAUUUAGUUUUAUUUUGAGGGUUUCAUUCAUGUAAAAAUGCAUAUGAAUGGUUGAUUUAUUGAGGUUUGAAACAAGUAAAUGUU